AUGUCCUUCGUCUGGAGCGACCCUUUCAAACCUCAAGCAGAAGUACGAUCACCCAAAGUACCAAGUAUAUCUACAGUGCUAAAAGACACAAAGGCACAGCCACAACCAAUCUAUUCCCGCGGUCUCAUCGUCUAUGACAAGAGCGACGUUGAUUCCAGAGGAGAACCUACGCGUAAGAAGCUCUGGAUAUGGGAGAUGAAGUAUGAUCCAACCUACGAGAGUGCGAGUUCGCACCGUGAGAGAAAGAAGGCGUUGUCGUACUCCGUGAAGGAUGGGCCGGGAGAGAAGGCGAAAGAUAUGGGCUUGGUUUCCGAGGAGGACUUGAGGGAGACCGAGCCUGAACCACCAACAUUAUUCGAACCCGGUGCAAUCGUCUUCGACAAGCGCGAUCGCGAUUCAGAAAAGAAAUCUACACACGAGAAGCUCUGGGUAUGGGAGGUAACAUACCAUCCACCACCCUAUCCGAGGGUCAAGUCGCACUUACUGAGAGAUGGGCCUGGAGGGCAGGCGAAAGAAAUGGGAUCGGAGAAUGGACACCGAGAAGGAGGAAAAGAAUUUGAUUGGCUUUCAAUCAAGGGCGAGAUCAAUCCUCGCACGCAUCAGCGAGAGGGUGGGGUGGACUGA